AUGGGGAAUACGUUCUGUUUAUUCUGUGGCUGCGUCGAACAGUCUAGCGUCGGUGUUGUUGAACAGUGGGGUCGUUUUCACCGAUUGGCUCAACCCGGUUUCCAGUUCUUCAACCCUCUCGCCGGUGAAUGUCUCGCCGGUAUUCUCUCCACUCGUAUCGCCUCCCUCGACGUCAAAAUCGAAACCAAAACCAAGGAUAAUGUUUUUGUGCAGUUGUUGUGUUCGAUUCAAUACCGUGUCGUUAAGGAAAAUGCUGAUGAUGCUUUUUAUGAGUUGCAAAACCCUCAGGAACAGAUCCAGGCUUAUGUUUUUGAUGUGACUCGUGCUAUUGUUCCAAAGAUGAAUUUGGAUGAGUUGUUUGAGCAAAAAGGCGAGGUUGCCAAAGGUGUUAUGGAAGAACUUGGAAAGGUGAUGGGAGAAUAUGGAUAUAGCAUAGAGCACAUACUGAUGGUUGAUAUUAUACCCGAUCCUUCUGUGCGGAGGGCGAUGAAUGAGAUCAAUGCAGCUCAAAGGUUGUUACUUGCUAGUGAAUUCAAAGGAGAAGCUGAUAAAGUGGUUAUAGUUAAAAAGGCGGAAGCAGAAGCUGAAUCAAAGUAUUUGGGUGGGGUUGGCGUGGCAAGACAGCGUCAAGCUAUCACGGAUGGGUUAAGAGAGAACAUCAUGGAAUUCUCUACAAAGGUAGAAGGAACUUCAGCAAAGGAAGUGAUGGAUCUUAUCAUGAUUACUCAGUACUUUGACACGAUCAAAGAACUUGGUAACUCUUCAAAGAAUACCACAGUUUUUAUACCUCAUGGACCUGGCCAUGUUAGGGAUAUCUCUAAUCAAAUUCGCAAUGGAAUGAUGGAAGCGUCAUGUGCUCAAGUAACUGAUGAUGUUGAGUAA